AUGGCUACACAAACCGUUGACGAUAGUUCUAGAUCUGGGCCAAGACGAACUGUUGUAGGGGAUUUAUUGAAACCAUUGAAUUCGGAAUAUGGUAAAGUGGCUCCUGGGUGGGGAACUACACCUUUAAUGGGUGUCGCGAUGGGUUUAUUUGCGAUAUUCCUAUGUAUUAUUUUGGAGAUUUAUAAUUCUUCCAUUUUACUGGACGGAAUUUCAAGCAAUUAG